ACAAAGUUCUUUGCCCUGUCUUUUCCAGGCCAUUAUCAACAGCACCAUCACCCCCAACAUGACAUACACCAAAACGUCACAGAAGUUUGUACAGUGGGCAGACAUCAGGGCCAACACAGUCUAUGGUCUGGGAUCUUCUGAAGAGUCAGAGCUGGCUAAGUUUCUAGCCAAGUUCCAGGAAGCCAAAGAGUCAGCCAAGCAAGAGGUUGAUCGCAUCCGUGCCAGGAAUAGCCCAGGCACGCCUAGAUCAUCCCGACAGAGCCUGCAGCAGAAGGGAGAGAAGUCUAACGGUAUCUCACCACCAGUGCAGCAUGGUAGCACUGUGCCCAAGACUCCAGGGACACCUCAAGAGACAUGCAAGGCAAAGGAAAAGCAGCAGAGUGACAUCACAUCUGUUCAGUCAGACGAAAUCACUACAGAGCAUUCCAAACCUAAGGAAUCCAAUCAGGAAGAAGAGUUCAUUGAGAAGUUCCAGGAUGCUAAGCAGUCUGCACGACAGGAGGUGGAGAGAAUCCGCGCCCAGUCGGGAGGCAGUACACCACAGACACCUCACACACCGCAGAAAAUACCAACUGUCAACGGUACAGCUACCUCACUGGGCUCAGGUACAUUUCCCCGUGACCAUCGGAGUUCCCAGUCCCUCAACCUGCCUCCAGAGAACCCAGAGUCCUUCCAGGAUAGAUCAGACGCGAAGAGCGACAAUGGGCCACUGACUGCCGACUCCCAGCUGAAGUAUGAGAAUGAUAGACUCAAGAUAGCCCUGGCACAGAGCUCUGCCAAUGCAAAGAAGUGGGAGGUGGAACUGCAGACCCUGAAGAACAACAAUACCCGCCUGACCACGGCCCUGCAGGAAAGUACCGCUAAUGUCGAGGAGUGGAAGAAACAGCUGGCUGCGUACAAGGAAGAGAAUGAGAGUAUGAAGAAAAAGGUAUGGUCACUCUAUGUGUCUGCAUUCUGA